UAACCACUUUUGCCCCUCCCAUUCCCAGCAUAAAUAAAAUGCUCAGGUGUCUGUUGCCUACCUCACACUGCCAUCAUGUUUCUCUACCAACUCCUAAACUUUUUCUUCACAGCCUCCAAAAAAGAAGAGGACUCCAAAUAUGACCCGUCUUUGUACAAGCGUGGCGAUUUGUUAGAGGUGCCCAGGACCUUAUUCACACAUUUUGGUAUUUACUUGGGUGACAAUCGAGUGGCUCAUCUCAUUCCUGACAUCCUACCUGCAGUUUCCCAGGACAAGUCUGCAAUUGCCAAGAUGGUAACAAACAACCGCUUACUGCUGGGAGUCAUUACCAAGGUGGCCAGUGUGAGAGUAGACACCGUGACAGAUUUUGCUUAUGGCUCAGAAAUUCUAAUCAACCACAUGGACAAAGUGUGCAGACAGCCUCCUUUGGAUGGCGAUGAGGUGGCACGGAGGGCAGAGAAACUCUUGGGAUCAGUCACAUAUAGCUUACUGUGGUACAACUGUGAACACUACGUCAUGUACUGCAGAUACGGCAUGGCCAUAAGCUAUCAGACAUACCAGUUUUGCACAACAGUGCGGAAGAUUGUGUUCAGCCGACUGAGCGCCUAUUUGACUGCAGUGUGUGGAGUCUGUUUCAUGCUGUAUCUGGGCUGCAUGACACCACUAACACUUUUACUCACCCUGCUCAUCUCUUUCACCAUCUGGAUGGCGUCCUAACCUCAUCUGCUCAGGAGGAAAGACUGGUGUGCGAUUAAAGGCAAACAUGGCCUUAUUAUUUUGGUUCAGAUAUUUGUGAAUUUGAUAUACAUUUAGACUUCUCUAGUUUUAUUUUUCAUUGGCUUGACAGGAUGUUAAUCUCCCAAUAUGAAUCUAUUUUGAGUUAUAUGUUUAAUUUAGUCUUUUAUUCAUCAUUAAUGUUCACCCUGCUGUUCAGAUAUUAAUGUUCAGAUAUUAAGCAUUAAUU